UCCGGCGCAGGUGCCAGGGGCUGGGUGGCCCACGGGGACUGAGCUCCCCUCUCGCCCCUGGGAGCAGGGGGAGGCAGUGACGGGGGGAGCUGUGGGGUUCCUGUGCUGAGGACGGAAAGGUCCUGCAGUGUCAUGUGCUCCUGCUUCCUCUCACAGACUGGAGCUGCAAAAUGUGGAACCUGGUGACGGGCCAGGAAAUCGCCUCGCUGAAGGGCCACCCCAACAAUGUGGUGUCCAUCAAGUACUGCAACCACUCGGGGCUGGUCUUCACCGUCUCAACCUCCUACAUCAAGGUGUGGGACCUCCGGGACUCAGCCAAGUGUGUCUGCACUCUCACAGACUCGUUGUCCAAAGCCAGUGGUUGAAAAUGGAAAACAAAUCUCUCCAGUGGAAACUGAAUAUACGUAUUCCAACCAUGUGGUGUUUCAAUGUGAUCCUGACUACAUCCUCAGAGGCAGUGAGGGGAUUGUGUGCCGGAGCGAUGGGAUGUGGCACCCUCCAGUACCAUUUUGUGAUAAAUCCUGUGGCCGACCUCCAACUCUCAUGAACGGGCUGCACAAUGGUGGGAUGAAGGAAUAUUUCCCCUAUGAAUCACAAGUGACCUAUAGCUGCGGAGACGGUUUAUCACUGAUUGGAGAGUCCUCCAUUUAUUGCACAUCUGAUGGGGUAAAUAUGAUGUGGAGCGGGCCUGCCCCGCAGUGCAAAGUGGUUCACUGUCCGAGGCCACAGGUUGAAAAUGGAAGAAUGACGACUACAAGACAAGCGUUCACAUACGGUGUCACUGUUCGGUUCUCUUGCAAGGAAGGCUACCUGCUCCAUGGCAGUAGAGUGAGUCAGUGUCAGGAUGACAACGCCUGGAAUCCUCCUGUGCCAAGUUGUCAGCCCGCAAAAGCAAAGCAAUACUGAAGAAUGCACAGGAGCACGUGAGAGUAAAGAGUUUCUCCAUUGUGAUGUGCCUCUGACAGAACUGAGAACCCUGCUGGAACUGAAGAAACUGUAUCUGGAGAUUCAGAAACUGAAGCGGGAGAUUAAAAAAUUGUAAUGACUAGCUGAAAUCUGUGAUCCUCAUUGUGUUAGGAAAGUGAAAGCAAGUAGAGGAACUAGAUUGAACUGAAGGUUUAUUUUCAUACAAGCUUCAGACCCUAUGCAGCUGGAAAUUUACAGCAACAACCUUCAGCUUUGCCAUAAUUGCUGCUUACAUUUAGCUUUUAUGUAUUAUAACACAUACAUUCACAGUGGGUGUAUGGCUCUUCUACUGUUUGAUUUACAUUAACUUUAAGGGCAGUGAUGUGCAUAACUCCCCGUGCACCACUGAAAAUCUAAGGGAUAGCAAAGCAAUCUUCCCUGUCCUCUUGAUUUAAACUCAGCUCAGCAGACUUUCUUCUCAAUCUGACCAGAUCUAGUUUUGAUUGAUACCAGGGUUAUCACCAGAAACAUUUUUAUAUCUAAUCACACUCAAGAGUAGAUGGUAGAAAUGUAACUGUGGAGAAAGAGCCUGCUAAGCCAUUUUCCCACUGCA